CGGCGGCCGCGGGGCCCGGGCAGCGGCGGCUCUGCGCUCGCCGCCGCCGCCGCCGGGGCGGCCGCGAGCCCGGACGCUCCGGAUAACCCGCGCCCCGAAGGAUGAGGACGCUGGUCCAGCUCUCCCUCAGCCUGGCGUCCCUGGCCGCCGUCUCCGUGCUCUACGUCCUGCUCUGCUCCCGCGCCUGCCUGCGGAUGUGCUGCCUGCCCGCCGGCGGGCUGGCGAGCCCCCCGCACGCGGCGCCCCGCGCGCUCGCCUUCCUCGGCUACAGCCGCGUCCCCGACGGCGAGCCGCUGGCCAGAGCGCCGUGCCGCCGCUGCGCCCUCGUCUCCAGCUCGGGGCAGAUGCUGGGCUCGCGCCUGGGCAAGGCCAUCGACGGCGAGGAGUGCGUGCUGCGCAUGAACCACGCGCCCACCGCGGGCUACGAGGAGGACGUGGGGGCGCGCAGCACCGUCCGGGUGGUGUCGCACACCAGCGUCCCGCUGCUCCUGAGGAACCAGCCCUACUUCUUCAAGCAGUCCCAGGAGACCAUCUACGUCGUCUGGGGGCCCGCGAAGAAGAUGAGCCGGGAGAAGGCGGGCCCGACCUACCGGGCGCUGCUGAAGGUGGUGGAGAAGUAUCCCAGGCUGCAGAUCUACACGCUCACCGAGCAGAAGAUGGCCUACUGCGACGACGUCUUCCAGAACGAGACCGGCAAGAACAGGAUGAAAUCCGGCUCCUUCCUGAGCACGGGCUGGUUCACCAUGAUCCUGGCCAUGGAGCUGUGCGAGCGGAUCGUGGUCUUCGGCAUGGUCAACGAUACCUACUGCAGGGAGAAGAACCGCUCCAGCGUACCUUACCACUACUUCGAAAAGGGCCGACUGGACGAGUGCAAAACCUACCUGGCCCACGAGCGAGCCCCCCGCGCCGGGCACCGCUUCAUCACUGAGAAAGCCGUCUUCUCCCGCUGGGCCAGGAAGAGGAACAUCGUCUUCACGCACCCCUCCUGGGCGGGCGGCUAGGGCCCGCCGCCGCCGCAGCUUCCCGCCUGCUCUUGUUCUCCUAAGACGUUGUCUCAGCUCUGCCGAUGCCACAUUUUAAAGCCUUUUUCCCUCCCCUGCAGUGGGGGAUUUUGGUCGCAGCCUCCGCGGGGCUGGUUCGGAGGGGCUGGGAGCGGCGCUGCACGCCGCCGCCGGCUCUGACCCAAGGCGAUUGCGGAGGUUUUCCACCUCUAAAGCCAGGAUGAAUGUUUAAUACGGGACUGAACAUUUACACAGUUAGGUUCCAGCGUGACGCAGGGCAGGAAACGUUGGCGUCCUCCCGGGACGCAAACUGGUGCCUCUUCCAGGGAUGAAAUUUCAGCGCGGUCCGUGCCCCGCACGUGGCGGAGCCGUGGGGCCGGGGUGAGCGGAGCCUCCCACGUCCUGCCCUCCUGCAACGGCCUCAAACUGGUACGUUUUGCUAGCGGUGAGCAAAACUCGGUGCUCGCGGAGCUUCCCGCGGGGGGGCGAACGGGGCGUUUCCCGUUUGAGGCAGCAUUUCCCUGUCUUGGCCCAGCUUUCAGCCCAUCCUGGGGCCGCGCAGCUGGGAACGGGACCCGUGGGGGUCCCGCACCGCCGCACCGCCUCUGCCUCCCCCCUCUUCCCCGGCAGCCGCUCCCGCCGUGGGCACGGAGCCCUGCACCCCCCGAGCCAGAGAAGCUGGGGGCUGCGUGUGCCCAGGGAGCUCCGUGUUGCCUUGUCACAAGUGCCCUUGGAUUCAGACCAAAGCAAAUGUGCUCAUUAAAAGCAUUUUUAACUCCUCA